GAGAGAGAGAGAGAGAGAGUUGUAAGCAGCAACAUAUUGGUGAGAACAGGGAAGCAGCCGCGCGCGGCACGGGGACCCGCCGGAAGAAGCAGCAGCAGCAGCAGCAGCUUCAGCGCGAGCUGGACGCAGACCGACAAAACACCGGCAGCACGAGCGACACCGAGGCGGCCAGAGGGGCGGAGAGGAGGAGGAGGCACCUGCACCGCGACUCGUUCUCCCCCGCUGCCUCCGUCGUCUCUCCCUCUUUCUCUUCAGCUCUCCUCACCCCUCGUUCCUCUCGGACCGCCGCCGCUUCCUCGUUAAGAUGGCUGACCCCAAUAGCGACGGAGAGGUACCGGAGAGCGCGCGCGGCUUCGCCCGUCAGGGAGCCCUCCGCCAGAAGAAUGUGCACGAGGUGAAGAACCACAAGUUCAUCGCGCGCUUCUUCAAGCAGCCCACCUUCUGCAGCCACUGCACGGACUUCAUCUGGGGCUUUGGGAAACAGGGAUUCCAGUGCCAAGUGUGCUGUUUUGUAGUCCAUAAGCGCUGUCAUGAGUUUGUCACCUUUUCUUGUCCGGGGGCUGACAAAGGACCUGCCUCAGACGAUCCACGUAGUAAACACAAGUUUAAGGUCCACACCUACUCCAGCCCCACCUUCUGUGACCACUGUGGCUCCCUCCUCUACGGGCUGAUACACCAGGGCAUGAAAUGUGACCACUGUAUGAUGAACAUCCACAAGCGGUGUGUGGCCAACGUCCCAAGCUUGUGUGGGACAGAUCACACCGAGAGGAGAGGACGCAUCCACAUCUCUGCCCAGAUCACUGAGGACACUCUCACCGUCAUCAUCAAAGAGGCUAAGAACCUGGUGCCCAUGGACCCCAAUGGCCUGUCAGACCCCUACGUCAAGCUCAAACUGAUCCCAGACCCCAAGAGUGAGAGCAAGCAGAAGACCAAGACCAUCAAAUGUUGCCUCAACCCCACCUGGAAUGAGACCUUCACUUUCAACCUAAAAGAAAGCGACAAGGACCGCCGUCUGUCGGUAGAGGUCUGGGACUGGGAUUUGACCAGCAGGAACGACUUCAUGGGAUCCCUGUCCUUUGGGAUCUCAGAGCUACAGAAACUAGGCAUAGAUGGAUGGUUUAAGCUGCUGUCCCAGGAGGAGGGAGAAUACUUUAAUGUUCCUGUCCAGCCAGAUGGAGAGGACGGUAACGAGGAGCUACGACAAAAGUUUGAGAGGGCGAGGGUGGGUCCAGGGAAGCCUGCGGACUCCUCCUCCUCCUCUUCGGUGUGCAAGUACGACAGCAAUGGAAAUCAGGACCGUGUCAAGCUCUCAGAUUUCAACUUCAUCAUGGUUCUGGGCAAAGGCAGUUUUGGAAAGGUGAUGCUGGCUGAGAGGAAGGGUACAGACGAGCUGUACGCCAUUAAAAUCCUGAAGAAGGACGUGGUGAUCCAGGAUGAUGACGUGGAGUGCACCAUGGUGGAGAAGAGAGUCCUCGCCCUGUCUGGGAAACCACCUUUCCUCACUCAGCUGCACUCUUGUUUCCAAACCAUGGACCGAUUGUAUUUUGUGAUGGAAUAUAUAAACGGAGGAGACCUUAUGUACCAGAUCCAGCAGGUUGGCAAGUUCAAGGAGCCUCAUGCUGUGUUUUAUGCUGCAGAGAUUGCCAUUGGACUCUUCUUCCUUCACUCCAAAGGCAUCGUGUACCGGGAUCUGAAGCUGGACAAUGUGAUGCUGGACUCUGAAGGCCAUAUAAAGAUUGCAGACUUUGGCAUGUGCAAAGAGAACAUGUAUGAUGGAGUUACCACAAAGACUUUUUGUGGAACACCAGACUACAUUGCUCCAGAGAUCAUAGCCUAUCAGCCUUAUGGGAAGUCUGUGGACUGGUGGGCCUUUGGAGUUCUGCUAUAUGAAAUGCUCGCUGGACAGCCGCCUUUUGACGGGGAGGAUGAGGAUGAGCUCUUCCAGUCGAUCAUGGAGCAUCAUGUCUCUUACCCUAAAUCCAUGUCCAAAGAAGCUGUCGCUAUCUGCAAGGGGCUGAUGACCAAACACCCAGGUAAGCGUCUGGGCUGUGGUCCAGAGGGGGAGAGAGACAUCAAGGAGCACGCCUUCUUCCGCUAUAUAGACUGGGAAAAACUGGAGAAUAAAGAGGUCCAGCCGCCUUUCAAACCUAAAGCUUGUGGGCGUGAUGCGGAGAACUUUGAUCGCUUUUUCACGCGCCACCUCCCAGAGCUGACCCCCCCAGAUCAGGAGCUUAUAGCCAACCUGGACCAGGAAGAAUUCCAAGGCUUCUCAUUUGUUAACCCUGAGUACCCUCACUCAACCCACUGACCAUGCCACAUAUCACUGGGCUGCACUAGUAAUCCCCUACACCUCAGAAACAUACGCAAAAAAUAAACAAAAAGUUAUUUAAAAAAAAAAAAAAACUCACCAUGAUGUCAUAUCCAGGCUGCAUUCGGCAGGGUGAAAGAAAUAGUUGGGCAUUUUUGCAAAUACGCUUAUUCCCUUUAUUUGUAAAAGUGAGAUGACUAGGGUGACAUCAGUCUUACUUUGGAGUGUUUGAUAUGGAGCUAGAACCCAGGAGUCAUUAGCUUAGCUUAGCAUAAAGCCUCGAUGCAGCUCACAUGGCUCUCUCCAAGUGUCCAAAUAUGCCUGCUAGAAGUCGAGCACAUUAGCUUGUUUGCUUGAUCCGUGCACAAAAUACAUGUUUUCUGUAAUGUUUAGCAGCAUGUCUGUAGCUAAACUAACAUGUUGAAUCUAGUUUGUUGAAUUUAUACUCAAGCAGAAAUGAAAAAGCUGUGGUUUUUGGAGGAGAUGUGAGAUUUUCUGGGGACCGCUACACCCUGUGAAGGAGAUGGCUGAAGACACCAGUAAACUACUUUUUGUUAGCCUUGCUAGCCUGUCUAGUGGCACUGUAAGGAAGGCUAAUAGUGAUGAAGCUCAUAAAACACUUGCCCUUCAGAAAUGAAAGUCUCCACAGCAAAGUAAAACCGGCCUUGUUUUUUUUUUUUUUUAGUUUUUACAAAGCAGUAGCCUACCAUCUCACUGUGAUUUGGAUGUAAUCAAGGUAAUAAAUGGUUGUAAUUAGCAAAUGUUAGCUUGCUAACACGCAGAAAAUAAGAUGGUGAACAUGGUUUAUUCUUCCCUGUUCAAACACUCAGCAGGUUUCCAUCCACAUGUAAUUAUGCACAUUUUCAAUUUGCUCAUUUGAGGUUUGACUCAUGCUCUUUAAUUACAUAAUCUUGUUGCACCGUUUUCUUCUAUGAUGAUUUAAUGGCGCAUGACUGAAAAUUAGCACUACCAGCUGUUUAUCUUGACGAACCAAGUCCUAAUAAUCGCAUACUCUCAGUAGUUAUUUUUGAGGAGAGCCAGGCUAACAGUGUCCCCCUGCUUGCAGUCUUUAUGCAACGCUAGGCUAAUUACCUCCUGGCUCCAGGCUCUGUACCUAAGUUACAGACGUAAGAGUUGUAUGUACUCUCAUCUAACUCUAACAAGCUGAAUGAGUGUAUUUCUCCAAAAUGCCCAACUACUCCUUUAAGUAACGUUCAGAUGGAAAUGCAGACAGGUGCUCAAACCCUAACAAUCAGGAGAAAUAAUCAGAUAUUCAUGUGUCAAGUUGCCAGUAGGAGACAAGUCUUGUUUCCAGCGGUGACACUGUUUUCAUUUUACUGUGGUUUAACAUGUCAUGUUACACUGCUGCUCUCAGCAUCAGCUCUAUUGGCUGUAUCUCUAUCUUUAGCACCAUAAAUGUUGCUCGCUCCUGAAUGCUGCCCGGCUGCUCACACCAGCGGGUUCACGUUGGGGUCCGACCUUGGGGCCGACCUGAACCCGCCCUGUCUCUGUGUCACCCUCCCUGUAACUGCAUAUUGACUAUGAUGACCUAUCAGUAAUAUUGAUGAGUGUACUAUGAUCACAUAUUGGUAAUAUUCAUACAGUGUAAGUGAAAAACUGACCAGUUGCUUUGCUAUGAUUGUUUGAGAACUAAUCAGUUUCCUAAAGUUGACUUUACUUUUGUCUAUAGGACCAAAUACUUUCCGUUCAGUCAGUGUUGUGGUGAGCUUAUCUUUGCUGAUUCCAUUUUUAACCAGUCAGAGAAUUGAAGUCUUUAUACAUGCAAGAGUGUAAGUCUGCGUCAUGUUAGGGAUUUUUUGACUGAAAGCUCAUAACUUUUUCUCCUGAUUCAUUACUGAAAACAUUUGCCACAUUACACUGUGUUUUUAAUGACUGAGGGCAUAUCUCUUAGCUUAGCUAAACAACCAUUCUUUGAGAAUUUCACAUAUGAUGAAGCUCUGUAGAGUCUUGUGAAGCAGGUAGUUUGUUAGCGUGCAGGAACAGGAAGUCCAAAAGUGCCAAAUUAAGGUUCAGAAUCAUGAGGGUAUAGAACAAUAUUGUCCUCAACUACUGUGAUGAAGGGCAGCCAUCUUGUGCCAUUUUGCAGUACUUGUAUAAAUAUUAGAAUAUGCAUUAUAGCUUAUCUGUUCUCCAACAAUACAAUAUCCUUGGAAAGUCAUUUUCAUAUAUAAAAUUAAUUGUCUGAGAAGACGUGCAUUUUAUUGUGAGGCAGGUUGUAUUUUCCUUUUUGUAACUGUAACGAUGCAGGGUAGUAACAAUGUGUCAAAUCUUGUUCUUGAGCUUGGAUCAAAAAGGGAGGCAGGUGACAUCAAAGAUUUGUUUCUGUCAUACAAAGACGCUCGCUGAUAAAAGACUACAAUUCUGCUAGGUGAAAAAAGUGAGCACUUUGUUGUGAUGAUGGUAAUGGUGAAGAGAUAUAUCAGAGAAAAUAUAUAUAUAUAUAUAUAUAUAUAUAUAUGUGUAUAUAUAUAUAUAUAUAGUAUAUAUAUAUAUAUAUAUAAUAUGUUGAGUUCUAUAUCUGAGAGAUAUUUGGAUAAAUUGUUCUGGAUGAGAGAGAUGCUUCUGUGGAUUGUGUAAUUGUCCUGUAUGACUGGAAACUGAUAAUAUACUCACUGGUGCCUACCAGACUAAUUCUGCUGUGUCUGUUUUGUUACUGCCGCUACAUCCAAAAUAAAUUAACACUUUGAAGAAAUGGUUUGAUA